CUCUCACUAAACUUCGCCAAAAAGAGGCAGAUCAAAAGCUGUUUUGCAUACUGACUUAGUGGCUUAUUCAACACAUCUGUUUUUCAAUAUUUACCUUCGUAUAGCAUACAAAACUUAAAGUUAUCUCCCACGCUAAGAUGUCUCUGAAUUGACAUCACGGUUAUUAGGGCAGUUCAUAGUUCUGUCACUGAUGAUUGAUAAAACACUUCUUACCACAAAAUUUUUUCUGCGACUCAUUUAAAAAAAAAUAUGUUGACAUAAUUCACUAUUUACUUACCUUUAUUUUAUCAUGGAUGGAAUAAAAAGAGUGCUUGUAACAGGAGCAGCAGGGAACAUUGGAUAUGCUAUCAUUCCUCUUAUAGCGAGUGGACAGCUUUUGGGUCCUGAUCAGCCUAUCAUUUUGCAUCUUCUCGAGAUCCCUCCCUGUAAGGAAAGGCUUGAAGGGGUUAGAAUGGAGAUUGAGGAUUGCUGCUUUCCUCUUUUAAAAGGCAUCGUUGCUACAACUGACUCCAAGGAGGCGUUCACUGAUAUCGACAUUGCCAUUUUGGUGGGUUCUGUGCCGCGUACGGCAGGAAUGGAGAGAAAGGAGUUGCUGUCCAAAAAUGGCACGAUUUUUAGGGAACAAGGCACUCUUUUGAAUCAAUAUAGCAAAAAAAAUGUCAAAGUUGCCGUGAUUGGCAACCCGGCGAACACAAAUGCCUUGAUUGCUCAGGCCUACGCCCCCAACAUUCCGAAGGAGAAUUUUACGGCUAUGACACGUCUCGACCAUAAUCGUGCAUGCGCUUUACUGGCUUCCAAAACUGGAACGAGCUAUUCCAAUGUGAAAAACGUGAUUAUUUGGGGAAACCAUUCGUCCACUCAAUAUCCGGAUGUUAGACAUGCAGUCGUGAACGGAAAGAAUGCCAUUGAGGCUAUCAACGACGACACCUGGCUGAAAAAUGAAUUCAUCUCAUGCAUUCAACAACGAGGAGCUACUAUUAUCAAGGCGCGUGGGAUGUCCUCUGCGUUCUCUGCAGCGGUUGCAGCGGUCAAUCACGUUCAUGACUGGAUAUUGGGCACUCCUGAAGGGAAAUGGACGUCAAUGGGUGUGUCGAGUGAUGGAAGCUACGGCAUUCCAGUAGGUGUGAUUUACUCUUAUCCAGUUAUCUGCAAGUAUGGAAAGUACGAAAUUGUGCAAAACUUAAAGAUAGAUGAAUAUUCGAGGGCCUUGAUGGACAAGACCUAUGAAGAGCUUCUUUCAGAAAAAACCGAAGCUUAUAGCUUCCUUGGUUUAAGUGCUUAAAACUACUCCGAAUAUUUAGCUUUAGUCUAGGUAAAAGAAGGAUGCUGAUGUCUUUGCCUCUUA